CUGUCUUUUUUUUGUGAUGUGCUGUUGAAUAAUAACAGGAAAACUUCCAGAUGAGGCUCGCAGUCCGUUAACGAGAAAAGCUGCUCAUCACAUAACUCAUUGAAAAUGGCUUUCCCUUUUCCAGAUGACUCAGCAGCUUUUUUUUUUUGUUCUUCUUCCCGGCUGGAAUGUCUCAUGUGUCUCCACAAGCUCCACCCUUGGCCAGGACAGAGAAAAAAAUGGCUGAAGAACAAGAAGAGGAGGAGGAGGUGGAGGAGGGAGCUCUCAGACUUAUAAACAAUCAGCAGCAGUCUGGAUCCCCCUGCGAGGGCCUCACGUCUGCCUUGUCAGGGGAGCACAUCUGGGCCCUGCCUGGGACGCAGUUCGCUCGCUCAGCUUCUUUCUUUGCUUUUCUUCCUGCAGCCAUGAGGAGCCUUUUGGUGGCGACCUGCUUGCUUCUGGCGAUGUUGGGCAUCCUGCUGUGCGGCGCCCAGACCGACGGGGGAAAGGGGGCUCAGGUGAGGGAGGCCCAGGGGCUAGCAGAGCUGUCUGACCCCUGGGGCGACCCCCGGGGAGAUCCCCAAGGCCAGGCGGCAGACGAUCCGUCAGUGGAGGUGAACAAGCCAAAAGCCAAGAAAAAGAAAACGCCACAGGAGGUGGAGGCAGCCAAAGUCAGGAAGGCUGCGGAGAGGGAGGCCAAGGCCAAGAAGCAGAAGAUGCCCAGACCCACCAAGAAGCCCAAAGGUCCCAAACCUACCAAGAGGCCCAAACAGCCCAAAGCCACCAAGAAGCCUAAAGCGCCCAAAAAACCGAAAGUCAGCGCCACCCCGACCGCCGCCCCAACCACCACAACACCUUUGCCAGACACCAAAGCGCUGACUCAACCCGCCACAGAGACAACAACCACCUUGCUGCCCAAGUGGGAGGAGCCAGAAGAACCAGACCUGGUCAGAAGGAUCCCGGGCAUAGACAAAAAUCAGCUGACCACUCCGGAGGUGAUCAUGUACAUCCCAGAGGAGACCACGGACGUCCCCGUCGUGAUCCCCUGGUACGAGGAGUACGACUACGACGACCUUGCCAAAAAGAAGCAAGAGCAAGAGGAGGAGCAAGCGCGAAGAGAAAAGGCAGAAAAGGCGGAAAAAGCCGAGCGUCAGAGGAAGUUAUGGGAGGAGGAAGAAGAAGAGAGACUGAAAAACAUGGUAGAGCCACCAGAACCCAAAAAAUGUCCUCCACUGGGAUUGGAAUCUCACCGGGUGCAAGACGACCAGCUGCUGGCCUCGUCGCAGUCCCAACACGGAUUCGCGGUUCAGCGGGGAAGACUCAACAUGCAGGGUUCAACCAACGAUGAAGAUCUGUAUGGGGGUGCGUGGUGCGCAGAGCCCGAGGAGACCAACAGCUGGUUUGAGGUGGACGCCAGACGCGAGGUGGAGUUCUCAGGUGUCAUCACACAGGGAAGAAACUCCGAACAGAUUGAGGACUUUGUGUCGUCUUACUACGUGGCCUUCAGCAACGACAGCCGCGAUUGGACGAUUCUUCACGAUGGCUAUGCCGAGUGGUUGUUCUACGGGAAUGUGGAUAAAGACACUCCGGUUCUGAACCAGUUUUCUUGGCCAGUAGUGGCGCGCUACAUCCGAAUCUUGCCGCAAAGCUGGAACGGCAGUUUGUGUCUCCGGGCAGAGAUUUUGGCCUGUCAACUUCCCAGUAGCCACAACGGCGAGAACGAAGUGAAGUCUUCCGAUGAGCUCGACUUCCGACAUCACAACUACAAGGACAUGAGACAGAUGAUGAAGGUGAUUAAUGAGGAGUGUCCCAACAUCACCAGAAUCUACAACAUCGGUAAAAGCUCUCAGGGUCUGAAGAUGUACGCCAUGGAGAUCUCCGACAACCCUGGGGAACACGAGAUGGGUGAACCAGAAUUCCGAUACACGGCAGGUCUCCACGGUAAUGAGGUGCUGGGCCGGGAGCUCCUCCUCUUAUUGAUGCAGUUCCUAUGCAAAGAGUACAAGGAUGAAAACCCUCGUGUGCGCCGCCUGGUGGACGGAGUGAGGAUCCAUCUGGUGCCAUCCCUCAACCCCGACGCAUACGAGCUGGCCUUUGAGGCGGGGUCUGAGAUGGGAAACUGGGUUUUGGGCCACUGGACUGAGGAGGGUUAUGACAUUUUCCAAAAUUUUCCGGAUCUCAACAGUAUUUUGUGGGGGGCGGAGGACCGUGGCUGGGUGCCACGCUUUGUUCCCAACCAUCACAUUCCUAUGCCGGAGAACUUCCUCAAUGGAUCCAUGGCUGUGGAGACCAAAGCCAUCAUAUCCUGGAUGGAGCGCAACCCUUUUGUGUUGGGAGCGAACUUCCAAGGUGGCGAGAAAUUGGUCACGUUCCCUUUCGACAUGCAGCGGCCGCAGAUUUCGAUGAGUGAUAACCGCCGCUGGAGGGCCAACGACGAGAUGAGUGAGGACACAUGGGCGCGCAUCCAGCGUCAGAACGAGGGCGCCUUGCGGGAGACGCCUGACGAGGUCAUGUUCCGCUGGCUGGCCAUGUCGUACGCCCACAGUCACCUGACCAUGACCGAGGUCCAGCGCGGAUCCUGCCACGGUGACGAUGUCACCAGGGGGCAGGGCAUCACCAACGGCGCCAGUUGGAAGCCCAUGGUGGGAAGCAUGAAUGACUUCAGCUAUCUGCACACCAACUGCUUGGAGAUCUCCAUCUUCCUGGGCUGCGACAAGUUUCCGCACGAGAGCGAACUUCCUCUGGAAUGGGAGAACAACCGAGAGGCUCUGCUGUCGUUCAUUGAGCAGGUGCAUCGUGGGAUAAAGGGUGUGGUCAAAGACACAGAGGGAAACGCACUGGCCAACGCCACCAUAUCCGUGGAAGGGAUACGCCACGACGUCAUCACCGCCUCGGGCGGUGACUAUUGGCGCCUUCUGAAUCCCGGCGAGUACCGCGUGACGGCUAAGGCCGACGGCUACACGCCGCAGACCCGGCUGUGCAUGGUGGGCUACGACUCGGGCGCCACGUCCUGCAGCUUCACCUUGGCCAAGUCCAACUGGGACCGAAUUAAGCAGAUCAUGGCGCUCAAUGGCAACCGGCCCAUCCGCGUGGUCACCAAGCCCAAAGCCACGCCGCCCGGCGCCACCGCCGCCAGCACCCUCUCCCCGGAAGAGCAGCACGCCGCCGCCCAGCGGGCGGAGCGGCUGCGCCGGUUGAGGAUCCUGCGGAUGCGCCGGCUGCGUCUUCAGAAGCAACGCGCCGGCCUCAGGACCACACCCGCGACCACCGCCGCCACCACUACGACCACCACCACAGCCACCACCACCACACGGAAACCCCAGACCACCACUUCCUGGUAUGACUCCUGGUUCCCUGUGGACAACUUGUCCACCGAGAAUCCGUUUGACAGCAUCAUCUUUGACUCUGUGCCCACUGAGGACUACCCCUUUCACUUCACCAUCGACUGACACGUGCAGGAGCAUCUAGAGAGAAGGCCAACCACGUGCCCCUUCCAAGGGACAAGAUGACCUCUUAAAGAGGAACUUGAUGAAAAUAUGUCAUUUGUAAUAAUGUGUUCUAUGUGACACCCCCCACCCCCCGUCCCCACUGCGUUCAUGG